AUGUAUGGUACACCUCACUCCACAUCGAUGAAUGGCAUAGGAGGUGAAGUCUCCCAUGAUUUAGGCACCAUUGAUCCAGCGAACCUGAGCAACUCUGUCUCUAUGCCGGCACCAUCUCCUGUAGGAACAGGUCCCCGUGGUAUCAAGCGUAGUCGCACUCCAGAUCACAUUGGGAAUGGCCGCGUCGAAGGCGAUCAGGAUGAUGGAUCUAUCCCAGAGGACCAAGGUCGCCGUAAACGUGGUCGCCCCCCGAAGAUUCCUCGGUCAAGCUCAAAUGACCAUGCGCCAAACACCCCGACUCAAACACACAAGAUGAUUCCCCGGCAGAGUGCCGGAUCACCAUCGAUGGCAUCACCGCCCAGCAAGACUACACCGACAAAAGGCCUUGUAAAAGCACUCCCAACCGUCCGAGAUCACACCUCAGAUCAACUUAAUGAUGAGGGCGACGAAUAUAUCCCAAAGGACUUCGAUGAGGCGGGAGAAACCAAGGUGGACGCCAUGGGCUAUCUGCAGGGCACUAGGGAAUACAAGUGUCGGACGUUCCGCGUACCUCUUCGAGGCACCAAGCUCUUCAUGUUGGCAACGGAGUGUGCGAGGGUAUUGAACUAUCGGGAUUCGUACCUUUUAUUCAACAAGAACCGAUCUUUACACAAGAUAAUCGCAUCUCAAAUUGAAAAGGACGAUCUUAUUCAGCAAGAGGUACUUCCGUACUCCUACCGCUCUCGACAGAUUGCCAUCGUCUCGGCCAGAUCUAUGUUCCGGCAGUUUGGUAGUCGUGUGAUUGUCAACGGCCGCCGGGUUCGGGAUGACUACUGGGAGAGUAAGGCACGAACGCAAGGAUUUACAGAGGACGACUUGGCAGGGGAGAAGCGCCCCGGAGCGACAAAGGCUCGCGAUGGGCCUUCGAUAGAGACAACGUCCUCCAGCCUGCUACCAGCCCUUCCUCAUAACAAUGUGAUCUUUAGCAAUACUGUCGAGCCUUUGCCUCAAGGUCUUUCAUUAGAUGUGUCUGACGCCUCUCCGUCGCUUACACAACUUCCCAUGAUUCAUAUGACGACUACAGAUGACCCACGGUUGCGGGACUAUACUGGUAUGGCUAAUCAGCGCCCAGAACUGACUGGCCAACCCUACCAAGACCGUAUUCAACCCAGCUCUGCAUCAGAGCUUAUCAAUCAGGCCCAACAUGCGGCCGACUUCAAUAAGAUUCUGGGAUCCCAGCGAAAUUAUCGCCGCAAGGGACUGGAUGAAUUCUAUGCGACACCACGUGAACCCCCGGAGACCGGAGAACAGGUUGUUACUACGGCCAUCGAUUCAAAUCUGUCUAUCUCGCAGCCUAUUCAGGUUGCUCAGAUCCCACCAGCGGUCAUGGCAAACCCCCAUCCUCAACAUGUGCACCCCCAUCAAGCAGCGAUGAUGGCGGGGCAGAAUUACGCCCAGUCGCAUCAACAGGCUAUGGGACAGCCUCGAGGAAUUCCCGCUGGGAUGCGACCAGAUCUCAUGCACCAACGACCUAACCCCUCCAUGGCUGCCGGGGUUGGACAGCCUUACGGAUAUCCUCAACAUCAACAUCAACAGCAGCCGCAGGUCUGGGGUCAGCCACCACCACAACCGCAACCGCAGCCGCAACCUUCAUCCUUAUCCUCUUCGGUUCCCCAGGGUAUGCCGCAGUAUGGGCAGCAGAUGCCGCAGCAAGCACCUUCGCCUCUUCACCACGGCCAGCAGACUCAGCAAUCUCCCCGUAUACAACAUCGUCCUCAGGUCCCACAUAUGCCUCAGCACUACCAGCAAAUGCAUCCACAGGCCCAGCAAGCUGCUCAGCAACAAGCUCAGCAGCAGGCCCAACAUGCUCAGCAGCAAGCCCAACAGCAGGCUCAGCAACAGGCCCAGCAACAAGCACAACAGCAGGCUCAACAACAGGCUCAACAACAAGCUCAGCAACAAGCCCAACAACAGGCACAGCAGCAGGUCAUGGCCUCUAUGGGCUACUCUGGCAAUCCCGCGGGGUACCCUGGCAUGGCACGUGCAAUGUAUUCCUCCCAGGGUGGUCCUGGAGGCCAGGCCUUCAUGGGAGGAAACCCUCAACAAGCAGGUAUGGCGAUGGGCAUGGGUCCAGGCGGUAUGCCCGGAUGGCCUAGUGGGCCCGGUGGACCAGGUGGGCCAAUGCAGCCCGGUCAGCCCCAGCCAGGACAAUCAGGAAGCCCACUGGGCGGAUGGUCAGGCUACUAG